AUACGCCACUUCUUACUCGCGUCACUACGGACUAUUCGGAAUCGGUGGCGAUGGCCCAGCAAGCCGACAUCUUCACAUGCAGCUGGGGCCCGCCGGAUGAUGGCAUCAGCGCGUUGGGACCUUUGACGUUGGCCCAGAAAGUGAUCAGUGGCCAAGCCGAAAAGGGUCGUUCCGGUCUUGGAUCACUCUUCGUCUGGGCCGCCGGUAAUGGCGGGAAAACUUUUGACGAUUGUGCGCUCGACGGUUUCGUCUCGAAUCCGAAUAUUAUUGGUAGGGGCAAGGAACUGGAGCAAUCUAACGGCACGGCGCCGCCGGAUUCCGAGGGCUGCCCGGCCAUUCUCACGUCCGUUGUCGCUGAUAAUCUGGGCGAACAGGUUUCCGUCGAUUCGCGAGGGCAAUGCUCGCCCGCUUUCUACGGUUCUUCGGCGGCCGCGCCGGUGGUGGCCGCCGGCCUCGCGAUUUUACUUGAAAAAUACCCCAAAUUAACGCGCCGCCAAAUCAACCACCUGAUCGUACACGGCGCCAACGCUGAGCACUACCAAAAGUUUGCAGCUUCGGACUGGACGAAGAACGCUGCGGGACUUAAUUUUAACAGGUUGCUUGGAUUCGGUGUAUUUUCGGUGGAACGGAUGUUGGCGCUGGUGUCCUCUCUCGCAAACCCCGCCCCAGAACAUCUACAAUGCGUGAAAAGGUUCCAGAUUCAAGAUGGAUCAAACACUUUUGGCGAACUGGCCGCCCAAUUGAGCGUGAAGAGUUGUGAUGUGAAAUAUCUGGAACAUUUGGAAGUGGGCGUCACGUUGGUGCAUCCGAGGAGGGGAGAUAUCAGGAUACGGUUACGGUCGCCUGCUGGUACAUGGGUAACCGCGCUCGAGCGUCGACCGCUCGACACAACGUCCACGGGCCUUGAAUGGAAUUUCACAAUUUCGCAUUUCUGGGGCGAAGAUCCGACCGGAGAUUGGGUUAUAGAAUUCGACGAUAAACUGCCCUCAAAGAAGCGAGGCAAAAUUUUGGCCGUGUCUCUAAUCCUGCACGGAACAAUUCAGCCGUCAUUUUCGAAGGCUAAACAGUUUUCGCUGGAUGAAGCGGCAGCGGGGCGUUCAUCACACAGCUGGCUGCUGGCAAUGCUAUUCUUGGUCUUGUUCUCCCUGGUGGUGUACGGUGGAUUGGAGUAUCUCGGAAUUCAACGGAGAAUCCGGCGAAGCGAGUCGUCGUGGAGAAUAUUGGAAGAAGCCGACGAAGAAGAACAUAAUGGCGCUCAGCUCAUAUCGGUCCUUUUCUUGUUGAUGAAGCGGAUCUCCUGCUGGCGGUGGACG